AAAAAUGGCGCAAAGUUCACACGGAGGCAGCCACCGCCGGAGCCGGGAGCCGGACCUGCGGUACUCCACAACCGACUGGGAGGCCAAGGAGGCCCUCAUACAGAGGGAACUCGACGAGGCCAGGGCCCGGGCCACGCAGAUGGAAAAAACUAUGCGCUGGUGGUCAGACUGCACGGCCAACUGGAGAGACAAAUGGAGCAAGGUUCGCAACGAAAGAAAUAAGGCGAGAGAAGAAGCGAAACAACUGAAGAUCAAAGUAGAUGCUUUAAGCAAAGAACUCUCUAUGCUCAAAGCUGAGAAAACUAAUCUAGGCCAACAGUUAACCGAUGUUAUCAAAGACAACGAAAAGUUACUAACUAUCGGUGAAAGCAGAAUAGUCUCCGGAGAACUCACUACUGAGGACGGUGUCGAAUUAAGAAGGAAAGGUUAUGUGUCUCCGAAUGAACCUCGACAGAGAGCAUCGUUAGACUCACACAAAUUCUCAAAUGUAGAUAAUGUUUUGGCUAGUAAACUAAGCGAGAUGAGGUUGAGGUUAGAUGAGACUUGUAAAAGCUUACAGACGGAGAAGGAUCAGAAAGCGUUUCUUCUAGCUAAAGUAGAAACGUUGACGGCUGAGAUAAAUAAUAUGAAGAUGCAGGAGCAUAAUGAUAGGACGUUAGGAUCAACAGAUUCUAGUCACAGUGAGGUAGAGCGACUUCAGAAUGAGUUGCAAGACGAGGUAGCGGCCAAGCAGACGCUAGAAGAGAAGAUAGCGGAGCUGAAGAUGGAGAUUGAGAAACUGAAAUCGGAGAACACGAUACAGUGGAGUAAAAGGGAGUUGAUGGAAACUGAAAAUAUUGCGAUACUCAGGGAGAAUAAGAAACUUUAUAGUCAGGUCGUUGAACUAAGAGAGCAGAUACACAAACUAAACCGGAUAUCAGACGGCAGCGCCUAUGGCACCACCUUCGACUACAGACUGGAGUCCGACUACCACAGAAAGGCAAGCGGAAGCCCCCGGUCCCACGAAAGACCAAGAGACUUCAAAUUCAACGAAUACUCCAGGUUAGACCCAAAUCUCUACGAUGACAAGAAACUCAGCAGUCGCUCACAUUCUAGCAAUGAUUCUUCGGAAGCUAAUUUUCAAAAAACUGAUGAUGAGCUUGCCAUAUUGGAGAAAAGUGAGAAUUAA